AUGGCAAAGACUCCACGCCUCUGCCAGUUAGAAAAGCUGGUUGCAGAAAUCGAAACGCUGCGCAGCUCCGUCAGUCUCGGCACAGAGGAGGAGGCCUCCAUCAUCCGAAAGGGCCCGGAAGAGGCCGCCUUCUCGGCGGAUCCACCCACAGAAAUGCUGGUGCCGAACAAUGUUGAGAACUUCGGGGACCUUUCAGCGGAUCCUUUCUCAGAGGACUCCAUCAUCUUCUCCUGCCCUCCGCCGGAUGCUGCAGCUGGUGGCGACGUGCAGCAGCCUGGGGAGCCGGAAGUAGACGCAGCAGAGAAGAAUGGUGAUGCAGUGCCUGCGUUCGUGCCGUUUGCCGCGAUGGACGAGAUUUCUCAAACUCAAGGUUCGUGGAUGGGCGCGCGGCCUUACGAUGAUGAGGAUGUGGUGCCAAUGCGGUCCCCACCGCCGUGCUCGCCGAAUGCGGAGCUUGUCCAUGAGAAGCUGGAGCUGGGCAAGCCCGAGGACAGGGUCGACAUUCCGGGAACGGUGGAGGCUGUCGAGGACAAGAUGUCUCCUAUACGAGAGGAGCCAGGUUCAACGGAACAAGAGGUGCAGCUAUCUCAGCUUGAGCCUGUCUCGGAGCCAGCGGAUUCUGUACAUGCUCCGAUGCCGGCGGAAGAGGCCGAGCGGCAAGCAAAGGCUGGCUGCCUUGCUGAUGGCCCAGCGAUGAAGGACGAAGGCGCGGAGCCCGAUGCUGCCAAAGCUGAGGGACUGCUGCCUUCGUCCGGCGAGUCGGCCAGUGUGGAACCGCCCGUGACGGCAGAGGCAAGCCCGCCAGCUGAAUACAAGGACGAAGGCGCGGAGCCCGAUGCUGCCAAAGCUGAGGGGCUGCUGCCUUCUUCCGGCGAGUCGGCCAGUGUGGAACCGCCCGUGACGGCAGAGGCAAGCCCGCCAGCUGAAUACAAGGACCCAGCCAUCCGCUUGGAAGUCGGUGCACUUGACGAAGGCGCGGAGCCCGAUGCUGCCAAAGCUGAGGGGCUGCUGCCUUCUUCCGGCGAGUCGGCCAGUGUGGAACCGCCCGUGACGGCAGAGGCUGCCAGCCUGUUUGCAGCUGACGCUCCCAGCCAGUUGGGCAACCAACCGAUGCCUACGGACGUGGCCCAACUCCGACAGUGCCUCCUCGAGUUGCAGGAUGAAGCUGUUGCAGCCCAGCAGCAGAUGCUUGAGAACAAAAGCAAGGACCUGAAGGCUCUUGAAGACCAGAUUGCUUCGCUGCAAGCGACCGUCAACGAGCUCAAGGUGCUGUGA